AUGACGUCGACUAUCGCAUCGAAAUCAACACCCAUCCCUCCAGGAAUUUAUUGUCCUGUGAUUUCUCUCUAUAAGCCGACUGCGCGUCAGGAAGUCGACUAUGAUGCAUCAUACAAGUUCUUCUCACAUUUAAUCCGCGGGGGCGUCGACGGCCUCGUCCUCGCUGGAACCACAGCCGAAGCGGUUUUGUUGUCUGCCGAGGAGCGCAAAGAGCUAGUGAAAGUGGCGAGAAGAGCAGCAGUUGAUCUCGGUCGUCCACGGUUCCCCAUUGUUGCUGGAAUCAGUGGACAAUCUACCAAUGAGUCAAUCCAAUUGGCAGAUGAUGCGCUCGAGGCGGGUGCCAGCUUCGGGUUGCUGCUACCCCCAAGCUACUGGGCCAAGGCAGUGACAAAAGACGUGAUUUUGGGAUUCUAUCGAGACGUCGCAGACUCUACCAGACUUCCAGUCGUCAUUUACAGUUUCCCCGCUAUGUGCAACGGUAUCGAUAUGAACUCCGAUACAAUGUCCGAACUUGCACAUCACCCCAACAUUGUCGGAGUCAAGUUGACAUGUGGGAAUGCUGGAAAGGUCACUCGACUUACUGAGGAGUAUAGCCAUGAACAGUUCGCAGUCUACGCUGGUUCUUCAGAUUGGCUUAUUCCCUGCCUUGCUGGUGGUGGGGUUGGCUGCGUGACGGGAAUUGCAAAUGUAUUCCCCAAGUGUGUUGCACAACUCUACGCGCUAUGGAACCAAGGGAAGACCAAGGAGGCGAGAGAGCUACAGGGUCUGGUGGCUCAGGCUGAGAAGGCUUGCAAGGAGGGCAUAGCACCCACCAAGUUCGGUGCUGCUCAUUUUGCUGGCCCUGCCGCUGGUUUCACUGAUGCAAAGACUUUCUGGCCUCGAAAGCCAUAUGCACCGUGCGGAGAAGAAAAGUCAGCUUGGGUGGUCCAAGUGAUGCAGCAUUUGGAAAAGGUGGAGCAAUCUCUGCCUGAUGCCCCUUCAGUUUAG